GCGGAGCCCUCGCGAGAGCGGCGGGGCGGGGCCGGCGGCGGCGGCGCGCGGCUAAGAUGGCGGACGGGGCGGGUAGCAACGGGGACGCGGCGGCGCUGCCGGUGGGCAAGGAGGCAGUCGAUCGCAUGAUCAGAGAGAACAGUCACAUUUUCACAGACGCCCAGUGUAAAGUGUGUAGCGCUCUGCUCAUCUCAGAGUCCCAGAAGCUUGCGCAUUACCAGAGUAAGAAACACGCAAACAAAGUGAGGAGAUACUUGUCUAUCCAUGGUGAAGAGGAGCUUGCGCAUGGGAAGAAAAUGAAGCUGGAUGCUAAGCAGGAGAACAAGCAGGAGAGCAGCAAUGGAGAAGACAGGAACAAGUGUUGUCCCAUCUGUAAUAUGACCUUUUCCUCUCCAGCUGUGGCAACUUCUCACUACUUAGGCAAGACUCAUGCCAAGAACGUGAAGCAGCAGUCCCCCAAAGUAGAAGAAGUGGUGCCCUCCCAGAAACAUCCUGCCACCCUUCCUGCCUCUACUGUGUCUUCUAAUGAAGAGAACAAGGACAUUACUGACCCAGACAAGUUCUGUAGCCUCUGUCACGCUACUUUCAAUAACCCCCUCAUGGCAAAACAGCAUUAUGUAGGCAAGAAGCAUAGAAAGCAAGAGACCAAACACAAGCUGAUGGCGCACUAUGGCCGAACUGCUGAUGCAUCGGCAUCGUCCUUCAUGGCUGGGAAGGGGUACCCCUGCAACACAUGUAACAUAGUACUGAACUCCAUAGAGCAGUACCAAGCUCACAUCAGUGGCUUCAAACACAAGAAUCAGAUGCCAGGAGCAGUGCCGAUUGUAGGAUCAUUUCCACCACAGCAGUAUGUUCGGGAAGAGUCAACUGCCCCAGGAGGCUACAGUUAUUUCAGCCAAGACUUCUAGAGCAAGUUGCAGCACUGUUCUUGGAGUUGUUGGUGGCCCAAGAACACACAUCCUUUGCCAGCCCACAAUGGUUUCAUUAUCCCUCUGGAUAAGCAAAGCCCUGCCCUCAUACAUACUGUGUGAACCCGUUGAGCAGAACAGGAGCUGAAUCUGUCAGGAAAAAAAAGAAUCCAGCUGGAAAAGACUUGCUAGACAGCAAAUACUUCACUCCCUUAGAGUAGUUUUCAUUGUGGAAUUGCUUCCUGUAAAGGUGGGUGCGUGUGAGAGGAAGUGUGUAUCUGGAAUAAGGAGGGUUUGGCAACAGACUGGUGAAGGCCACCUCCUCCCUCACCAGAGCAAAUAAUGGAUUCUUGCACCUGGAAGGCCAGCAUCCCAUGCUCAAAGGUGUCUGUUGCUGGAGGAGAGCUCCCAGGCCCUAGCAAGCAGUGCUUAUGCAGUGUGGAUGGGACACUGUGCAGGCUGCCAGGCUUUUUACAGACAUAAAAUAGGAAAUAGCCGUAUGGUAUCUUUGUGCCUCCUCUAGUCAGGUUUGUGUGCAAGAUUUCUUGAGCAACUGCUUGCUGUUACAGCCUUUCAUAGUACUGCAGCUGUUAGUGCUGGAGUUCUGUUGUCUAGGUCUGCUUAACAAGUAGUUACAAUUUCUGUUGUACAAGCUGCUAGUAGUAGGAGUGGAGGGCUGAAAGAGGAGUUAGAGUUCCUGGCUGUCCAAACAGCUCAGUCCUCUACCCUGAGGAUUUCCAUGUGGAAGGAAGGAACUGUUUAGCCUGGUUUCCUAUGGAAACAGGUGUAUGUGAUCAUUCACCAUGUGUGUCUUUGAAUCCCUUGUAACUUAAAUCAACCCUAGCCAAACUUGUCAGUGAUGGAGAUCUCUAAGAUCUAACUGCAGCCAGUAAAGAGAGGUAGAGGAAGAUGAACUUAUUUCUAACUCAAAAUUUAUCAGGGUCUGCAUUGGAGUGCAGAACUUUCCAUUUUGCCACCAAAAUAGUCUGGGAAAGGAGGGCUUUAAGGAAAAAAAAGGAAAGAAUAAAUCUGGACACAGCAAAAAAAUGGUAUAAAUCAGUUGAAUUGUCAGACAACCAAAAAAACUACAAAUCCUUUGGAAACCUGCUUUUAUUAGUCCUUUGCUAGAUGCUAUUUGUCCAACUGUUGUCCACAAAGUUCUUACAGACUUGUAUUGCCCUGGAAAAAAAGCUGUUCUAUGCUUCAGACAUGGAAGUUAAGUCUUUAUGGUCUCUUUGUGGUGCUAAAGCACUAGAUCUGUUAGAAAAAGCCCUAGAAGGAAGGGCAUGCUCCUGAGACUCUUCUGGAUGAGUUCUGUACAUGUUUGAUGCUUAAGUUAAGGCAUUGCCUUAGCUUGCUCUGCUAGCCUGCCACAGAAGCCAUGUGCAUAAGACUAGCUUUACGUUCAGUGCCAGUGCUCCAAGUCAGACACCCCAGGGUUUUGUCCCAGCCUCAGUGCUUCCAUGGAGGUGACUAAUCUGUGGCUAAUCUGCUGCUGCUUUUCUUCUGUGGGCCAGAAGGACAGAGAUGUGGCUCCUCCCGGGACUUGCCUGGCCAGCCCCAGCCUCUUGGGGCUGACGAGUGUGUGGGUAAUGGCCGCAGAUGCGCUGUGCUGUUGGGGUGGGCUGAGCAGAGCUGCUGUGUCCCAUCACGUGGUUUCAGCAGCUGCUGGAAGGGCAGACUGGGGCCCUUUACUCCAAAUGUUGUGUUCCAGGGUGUGCAGCUGAUGCCCUCACGAGGCUGAGAGCCAGUCUUUGUAGAGGCACUUCCAAAAACUAACAUGUGCUCCGAUCAGGUUAAUCGGGGAAGAGAGAGCUGGAUGUUAAUCUCUGUGCUUGGAGUGAGUGCCUUCCCCCCCCUGCUCUGGAGUGUGCAUAUUUUUUUUUCCUUCACUCUGCACAGAAUCUGCCACCUUCCCUUAGGACAGGCUCCUGCUGGUCUGGAUUUGCCUUCCUAAUGUUUUCCAGUCUUGCACUACUGCUGAGGUCUGACCUUAGUCGCCUGCUAAAGAGGGGGUACUUUUAAGCCUUGCAAGUUGAUCAACGAGCAGAAAAUUGCAAUGAACUGAAGGAAGCAUUGUGUGCCUGGUAGCACUGGAUGGCCUCCAACUCCGAACUCUGCUGCUUAGCUCUCGUCUCGCUGUAUGAGGGCAGGUGCCUGCUAGAUGUGCUAUGCAUUGACACCAAGAGGGAUCCACUUCCAGCACUGCCCAGUCUGGUGUGUCACUCCACUGUCUGUGUACUGACAGUUUUGCCUUCUCCUGUACCCAAUGUUUAUGUAUCUGCUGUUUCCCUAAGGUGAAGCUCUCCAAAUAGAGUGUUUAUUACUA